AUGAGUAAAGUUAUCAACGAGAUGCAAAAUCUCGAGGUCGAAGAUGAGUUCAUGGUUGAUGUUGUAGAAACAUUAGAGUCUCGUGAUGAGUGGAAGGUCAAGCUAGUUGUCAAUAGUAGGCCGGUUAUUUUCAAGUUAGAUACUGGUGCUCAGACAAACCUCCUUCCAGAAUCAGUGUAUCAGAGUUUGAUUCCCAGGCCAAAGCUGCAUCCAGCUAGAGUGAGAUUGACAGGCUACAGUGGAGUAGUAAUUCCAGUAAAGGGUCGUUGUUAUGUACAAGUGGAGUACAAAGGUUUAACUCACAAUAUGGCUGUUCUAGUAACUCCUGGUGAUCGUCAACCAUUGUUAGGCUUACAAGCAUGUGAGCAAUUGAAGCUUGUAAAGAGAGUCUUGAAUGUCAAAACAGAAUCAAAGAAUGUAAUAGUAGAUGACUAUGAAGACGUGUUUGAAGGGUUAGGAUGUGUUCCUGGAAAGCAUCAUAUCACGCUAAAAGAAAAUGCUCAACCUGUACAACAUGCAUGUCGAAAAAUUCCAUUUCCACUGCGAAAUCAGCUCAAGGAUGAGCUAGAUAAAAUGGAACGACUUAAAGUUAUCACACCAGUGGAUGAACCAAGUGAUUGGGUGUCGUCGCUCGUGGUGGUGAUGAAGAAAAACAAUCAGCUUCGAGUAUGUCUCGAUCCAAGAGAUCUAAAUAGGUCCAUAAAAAGAGAGCACUACCAGCUACCAUCAAGAGAGGAAAUAACAGCACAGUUUGCAGGAGCUAAGUACUUCAGCAAAUUAGAUGCGUCCUCAGGUUUCUGGCAGAUAGAGUUAGAUGAGGAAAGCUCAAGGCUAUGUACUUUCAUAACGCCAUUUGGGAGAUACAGAUUUCUCAGGUUACCAUUUGGGGUCUGCAGUGCGCCAGAAGUGUUCCACAAGGUUGUGCAUAAUUUGUUCGCACACAUACCUGGUGUCAACACAAUGAUGGAUGACAUAGUAGUAUGGGGGUCAACCCAACAGGAACAUGACACCAGACUGAAACAGGUCCUUGACAUAGCUCAGAAAGCAAAUCUGAAACUCAACAGAGACAAAUGUGAGUUCAAUGUGAGCCAAAUGACAUUCAUUGGCGAUGUGAUCAGUGAACAAGGUGUUCAACCAGAUCCAAAGAAGGUUGCAGCCAUAUUGAACAUGGAAAGACCACAGAACAAGCAAGAUGUUCAAAGGUUCUUAGGUAUGGUUAACUACCAAGGAAAGUUCAUACCAGAUUUAUCCACAAAGUCAGCCCCGCUGAGAAGUCUUCUUGAGAAAAGAAAUGAGUGGAUGUGGCAAGAUGCACAAGAAAAAGCUUGGUGUCAACUCAAGGAAGCUCUGACACAAGAACCAGUGCUCCAUUUCUAUGACAGCACAAAGCCGACGAAGCUAUCAGCUGAUGCAUCCAAGAAUGGACUAGGUGCAGUGCUACUGCAACAACAUGACCAGAAUUGGUUCCCCAUUGCUUAUGCAUCGAGAGCAAUGACUGAUGCAGAAACUCGCUACGCGCAGAUAGAAAAAGAACUGCUAGCGAUGACGUCUGCAUGUGAAAGAUUUCACCAAUACAUACAUGGACGACAGGUAGAAGUCGAAACAGAUCAUAAACCUCUUGUACCAUUGUUCAAAAAAUCACUCUGUGAUUGUCCUCUUCGCAUUCAACGCCUACUAAUCCGAGUGCAGAGAUACGAUUUGAAAGUAUCCUACACACCAGGAAAAUACAUGUACACCGCAGAUGCAUUGUCUAGAGCGGUAGAUCCACAGGCAGACAUGCAGGUCGAAAGAGAAGAAGACAUCAGAAUCUAUGUAGACACAAUAAUGGAGACAUUACCAGUCACAUCAAACAGAAAAAGUCAGUUUGUAGAUGAAACACAGAAAGACAAAACACUACAAGAAUUGAUAGGCAUCAUCAAAGAUGGAUGGCCUGAAACAAAACAACAAUGUCCAGUAGCAAUUAGAGCAUACUGGAACAUUAGAAAUGAGCUGUCAGAAGCCGAAGGCUUAAUCAUGAAAGGCAGCAGGAUCGUUGUACCAAGCACAAUGAAAAAACAGAUGUUGGAUAAGAUCCAUGAAGGACAUUUGGGCAUAGAAAAAUGCAAGAGACGUGCAAGAGAAGUCUUGUAUUGGCCCAGAAUAAAUCAAGACAUAACAGAAAUGGUACAAAAUUGUAACUCAUGCUUGAUGUAUAAACCAAAACAACAGACAGAAAGUCUGAAACCACACACGGUACCAAACAGACCGUGGGAAAAGAUCGCUGCAGACUUGUUCACACUGAAUAACAAAGAUUACAUGGUAAUAGUAGAUUACUAUUCACAAUUCAUUGAAGUCUGUCCACUGUCAACAACAACAAGUAAAACAGUGAUAACAAAAAUGAAAGAAGUCUUUUCAAGACAAGGCACACCAAGUGAACUCGUGACGGAUAAUGGUCCGCAAUUAGCUAGUAAAGAGUUCAAAAACUUUGCACAAGAUUGGGACUUCUGCCACACAACAACAAGUCCGUAUCAUCCUCAGUCGAACGGACUAGCAGAGAAUGCAGUGAAAAUUGUGAAGAAUCUCAUCCGCAAAUGCCAAGACAGUAGACAAGAUGUCUACAGGGCACUACAAGUCUACAGAAGCUCACCACUAGAAUGUGGAAAAUCGCCAGCUGAACUCCUGUACAACAGGCGAUUGAGAUCAAACCUGCCCAUGGUGGACAAACUUCUUGAUCCACAACACAUCAAUCCUCAACAGGUGAGGGAAAGGAAGGAAGGGCAGAAGGUAAAGCAGAAAGAGCGAUAUGAUAAACAUGCUCGAGACCUACCAGAACUAAACAUAGGUCAGACUGUAAGACUUCAAAACAUGCACAACAAUCGAUGGUCACAAAGUGGCAUCGUCAAAGUCAAACUGCCAAACAGAUCAUAUUUGGUAGAGACAGAGUAUGGAGAGAUUAGACGAAGAAACCGACGUCAUCUCAGACCGGCACCCACACGAAGGGAUGAUCGGUUCCAACAGACAACACAGACGGACAGCGAUCCAGAUGACGAGGAUGUUAGCGAACCAACCCCUGAGCGUUCCGGCGUACCAGCCCAGCAAGCAUCAUCCUACAUGACCACCAGAAGUGGACGAAUAAGCAAACCGCCAAAUCGAAUGGACUUGUGA